CACAUGUGUGCUGCAUGCCCGUCGUGCGUGCUCCCCUCCCUCCCCCCUCUUGCCGCUGCACAGCACAUCAUCCGUCCUGUCGCUUUCCUCACCACUUCACCUCUUGCCACCGACACAUACACUUGUCAACUGCCUCUAUAACGCACGCACGUCACCAUGGGACUCUUCUCGCGCGACCCAAUCGAGAAGGAGCAGAAGAUUAUCAGGAACGAGGCCAAGGCCGAGGAAAAGCUCCUCAACCAGGCUCUCAAGGACCUCAACGUUGCGCAGAAGCAGGAGGCCAAGACCGCCCAUGCGGAGCGCGACGCCGUGCAGGACAACGAGAAGCAGAAGCGCUACAUUGACAAGCUGGCCACCGAGCUCGCCAAGCUCCAAACCCAGCACGAGCAGGCCAUCACGAAGCAGCAGCAGAUGGCGCAGGAGGUCGAGUCGAAGCACACCGAGCUUCUUCGCCUCCAGGAAGAGACCGUCAAGGCGCGUGGCGUAGUUGAGGACCUGCAGGCAAAGUACGCCGCCAACAACCAGGUGCGCGACAGCCGCCUCGCGGACCUGACCGCGAGCCGCACUGGCUCGCCCGUGUCCCCGACUGGCGCGAGCGCCGCAGCGGGCGGCGCGGCUGCCGGCGCCGCCGCGACCGAGGCGGCGCAGGCCAAGGCUGCCGAGGCGCAGGCGCACGCGGCGAGCGAGGACCCCGUGCCCGACUACGCGACGAACAAGGCGUCGUCGAUCGCGUCGCCCGUCUCGCCGACGGCUGAGCGCCCGGCCCUACCGGCGCGCAAGGAGGGCUCGGCGGGCUCGGUCACCUCGCCCGUGAUCGACGAGCACAACGGCCACCUCCAUAUCGGCCAGGCGUCCGCCCCCGCCCCCGCCGCUGCCCCCGUCGCGGUCGACGAGCACACCGGCCACCUCAACAUCGGCAAGCCCGCCGUCGAGGCGCCGCCAAUCUCGCCCACGGCUGCUGCCGCCGAGGCGUCCGCGUCGUCGCCUAUUGCGCCACCCCGCCACCCGACGGCCGUUACCCAGAACGCGGCGGCGGGCCUCUAAUACCUGAUACUUGGUCGCAUGAUGGUCUCUCUUCUUUCACGGGUCGCCUGUCUUUCACGUUACGCGGUUGGUUCCCUGGUUCUCCUAAUGCACAUGGUUGUUUGUGAGGAUGUGGCUGUUGGGGACUCGAGAGAUGAACUGAACUCGAGUAAACCUCCUCCAGCUCGGCCGAACGCCCAACACCACCCCGC